AUGAAUAUGAAAAGGAAAAGAAAAUCUCUCAAAUUUUCAAAACAAGAAUCAUUUUAUUUACCUGAUGAGUGUUGGGAAUUGGUGUUUAAAUUCCUGAAAGACGAUGAUGAAGACAAUUUGAAGUUUCUCUCACUUGUUUCAAAACAGUUCUUUUUCAUCACCAACCGUCUUCGAUCAUCUCUCACUCUUUACUAUCCAUUCCGCCCUAACCUUUUCCAAAGAUUCACCGAUCUGAUAUCCCUGAAUCUCACCUGCUUCCACGGUGACCUCAACACGUUUCUCUCACAAAUCUCUUGUUUUCGGUUGAACCUUACAUCACUCGAUCUCUCCAACAAACCCACAAUUCCCGCCAAUGGAUUGAGAAUUUUCUCCAAAAAUAUUACAACCUUGACCUCUCUCACUUGUUCCAACUUAUAUUCUUUCAAGACCAAUGACCUCUUACUCAUUGCCGAUUGUUUUCCUUUACUAGAAGAACUCAACCUCAGUAAUCCCGCUAAAUGCCGCGGCAAGUUCCUCAAAAAGCUAGAAGCUCUUUCACUUGCACUUUUCAAACUCCGCAAGGUUGAUCUCUAUGGUCAUAAAUAUAUCAAUGAUAAAAUGAUUUUCCAAUUGUUUAAGAAUUGCAAGCAUCUAGAAGAGGCCAACCUGCUUUGCUGUUUCAAAAUAACUACUACAGGCUUUGCUUUAGCUCUCUCCGAGAGACCAUCCUUGAGGUCUUUCUCCUUUUCCACACCUUUCAGUGACUCGGUGGUCCGUGACUCGGUGGUGCGUUUGAAGAGUUUGACUUGUCUUCAUUUGUUGGGUUCUAUUAUUUCUAAUGACUUGUUAUCCAGUAUUGCAAAGGAAGGUCUGCCUUUGAGGACAAUUAUCCUCCAAAAUUGUCCCGGCUAUAGUUAUGUUGGGAUCUUUAAUUUAUUAUCCAAGUGUCAACAUAUACAACAUUUGGAUCUUCAAAAUGCUGGUUUUCUGAAUGAUCAACAUGUUGUUGAAUUGUCACUGUUUCUUACUGAUUUGGUGUCUAUAAACCUUAGUUAUUGUAAGAAGCUCACAAAAGCAGCACUGUUUGCACUUGUUAGGAACUGUCAUACACUUGAUGAGAUCCAAAUGAGAGGUAUUGGACGGAAGAGUAUACAUAAUACUAAUUCUUGGAUACACUCUGAUGUAUACCCUCAAUUAAAGUAUCUCUAUUUAUCUUAUAAUUCAUGGUUAACUGACGAAGGCAUCACAGCGUUUGCUUCUAUUUUUCCUAAUUUGCAGCUUUUUGAUGUGAAUGAUUGUGAAAACAUUUCUGAAGAAGGUAUUGGUCAAGUUUUAAGGAGAUGUUUUAAUAUUAAACAACUAAACUUAGCCAAUUGUUCAAAAGUGAAAACACUUGGAAGAAAUUUUGGAGUUUCUAAAUUAGAGGUGUUGAAUUUGUCGGAUACUCAAGUUGAUGAUGAAGCACUCUAUGUGAUCUCAAAAUGUUGUCGUCAACUUUCGCAACUGAACCUUAAAUGGUGUGAAUAUGUCACCGAGAAAGGAGUGAAGCAUGUGAUAAAUAAUUGCGCAUACAUGAGAGAGAUCAACUUGAGGGGUUGUUUUAAAGUGCAUUAUAGCUUUGUUGCGUCAAUGGCAUUAAGACCAUCAUUGAAAAAGAUAACAACUCCAUCCCGUUAUGAAUUGAAUAAGAAAGAGAGAAAACUCUUCUCGCAACACGGAUGCCAUGUUUGUUAA